GCUUUACAAGCGAAAAGAUCAAGUGAUUUACGUAUGAAACGAGCUUGGGAAUUGGCGUUAUCACCGGCAAAAUCAUUACCUAUGCAAGCUAUCAUGCUUUACUUUUCAGGAUCUGGCGUUCAAAUCUUCUCUUUAGGGAUAGUGUUUAUGCUUCUUACCAGUCCUAUCAAAGCUGUAUUCAACAUAUUCUCUGCAUUCGAACCAUUUAAAACACUUCCUCCCUGGGGUAAACCAGGACAAGAAUCUUAUCUCCCCUUGACUGGUCCUAUGGUAGUUUACGUCAUCUGUCAAGCACUAGUAUUGAGUUUAGGUUUAUACAAAACAUCUACGAUGGGAGUUUUACCUACCAGUUCAUCAGAUUGGUUACAAUUCGAAACCCGGUCAAAUCCACCAGAAUGGUCUUCCGUUCAAUCAUUAUCUCUUGGACUUCUUUGA